GCUAUCAAUCCCAGGCAGUGUGGUAUCAGAAUAUCAAAGGAUGCAGAUGGUUUAGUUUAUACUGCAAGUUUGCAAGUUCAAAUGUCUAGUGCGGUGCGGCAGGCUGUGGAUCCAGUAGUACAAGUAAAAUGUCAUCUCCAUGAGGAUAUGCUUCCUAUAAAACCAAAAUCUUCGAGGAGAUCAGGCCGAAAACUAAAUGAUGGUGGAAGAGCUUGGCUGGAAGUGAGAGGGUCAGCAAUAUCUGCAUUCAACGGUGCGAACAUUUUGACUGUUGGUGAACAUACAGUACUAUCAGUGCAUACUAAAUUACCAGAUGGUAUUACUGGCAUGCCAGUUGACUGCCGUGUAGAAGAUGGGCAUGGUUCUUCACAGUCACUUACAGAUGCCCGAGGGUGCCCAACAGAGCCAUCUCUUGUACCAGCUCUCCAUCCAGCAAAAUCUCCAGGAACCUGGGUUACUGCUUUUCCAGCCUUUUCUUUUCCUGACUCCAGCCUUGUUCAUUACAUAUGUCUCCUAAUGUUGUGUACAGGGGAAUGCCCACAGUAUACCUGUAUGGAUGAUGAAAAUGGAUCCAGAAACAGUAGAAACUUUCAGGAUGAUUCUGAAGAAAAUAUACUCGACUAUGUUGAGCUGUACAACAAUGUUGAAGUGACUGCUCCUAAUAUAGAACUAGGAUACCUUAAGAAGGACAUGAGUGAUAUUCUUUCAGGUAUGUAUUUAUGUUUAUAAUCAAUAAAUGAUAUUUAUAAUUAUGAAAUGAGCUGUUGUGAUCAUUGAAAUAUGAAUCUUAUUUUUUUUCCUUUACAUACAUUUAUGGUUAGGCUUCCUUACUUAUU